CCUUGCAAGGAGCCCCUCCCACUAUUUUGUUGCUAUGAAAACAGUGAAACUAGAGAAACUUGACGACAAUUUUUCAUAGUAGUAGAUUAUGGAGAGUGUCACUUUUGCAACCACCCCUCUAGUUGGAAAGCUACCGAAAAUUGAAGCUGACUACAAUAGACAGUCUAAACUCAAGUCCACCCAUCAACAAGCAGUCCAGCAUAGAGGGCCUAUUCCGUUCACUGGCCUCACUGGACCCUCCUACUCUAUCUCUGGAAGUACUGAGAAGUUUAAACUACCUCCACCUUCGGCCCUACAGCCAGGCCUGGAGAACAAUCCAGGGAAGUUGGAAUCAUGGCCCGUUCACUCACUCAACCCAACCAAACUGAAUCUCUCUCUCAAAGAAGAGCAAGUUGGCCAUCAUAAGAAAGAGCUCCUAUCUGUGAUGCCCAAGCCAAAGUUUCUGGAGCAGUUGGAGUCGUAUUUACUCAAAGAGUUGCGUUUAUUAGGCUGUUCUGCUUAUGGCCCUCGUGACUUGAGACUGCAAGCUCAUCGUGAGGUGUUUGAAUAUCUGAUAGAGGAUUUCAAGACAUACAAACCGCUUCUCUCGGCUAUUAAGAAUGAGUACGAUUUGUUUGUAGAAUGGCAGAAAGAGCUCAUCAAAGAACUGGAACCACUGGAGGCUAACUUGGAAACAGUCAAAGAAGAUUGUGAGCGAAAGAUAAUGAGGAUCAGAGAAGAAGAAAAAUUAGGGGAUGCAACUGUUCAGAAGGAAAACCAAAAACUACAAAAGACAAUAAAUGAAAUGAAGAACCAGGAGCUUUCCUACAAGUCUCAAAUUGAGAAGCUACAAGAGCAAGUAGAGGAUCUCUAUGAGAAACAUCGCUACGAGACCGACGCACGGAAGCUCCUUAUAUCAGACUAUAAUGAGCUCAAGUUUCGGCAGGCAGAGCAGAAAGGCGAGGAUGUGGGCAAUCAAGAAGAGAGAGAAGAUCCAGUACUGCUCAAGCUUAAGCUAGCUCGUGCUCGAGAGGAUUUGAGAGGUGCCAACCAGCGUAUCAAUGUCAUGCUGGCUGACUAUGGUGACGUGGUACCAAGGAGGGACUUUGAAAUGAUGGAGACAUCAUGCAAGACUCUUGAAACUGAAUUGGAUGCUUUGAAGAACGAUCACGGAAUUUUGAUGGUGGAGCAUGGCACUCUUCAGUCUGUUCACAAAGACACUGUGAGUCAAACCCAGGAGCUCGAAGAGGAGCUGUCUCAGCUUAAGAGGAGUGCUACCCCGCGGCCUGAUUGGGACCGUUGCACUGGCUACCUGGAGACAUGGGAGGAGCUAUCUGCAGGGAGGUCUAGUGAUCGUAAGGUGGACGUGUUACUGGCUAACAUCGCUGGAGUGGAUGUUUCUGAGAUCACUAAGCAGGACACAUUGCAAGGACAGGGUAUGGGUGAUAACGUGCCGAGGUAUUUGAGGGUUGAAGGCAAAGUGAGGAAUCGACACAUAACGCGAGGGGAGGCUAACAAACUCAUGAGUGGUUUCUGGCAUCACAGGCUCACCACACAACAAGAGCAGCCGCUGGAUGAAUCACUGUACGAAUAUCUCCUCUCACAUAAUGACAAUGAUGAGAGCCUUGCUCUGGAGGACGGCUAUAACCUGCAGGACGCUGUAUCACGACUGGCACAUGAACCACAGGUUCAACUGUUUGGCCAGAUAGUGGGUGGUGAGCUGAGUGAGAGUGUGUUCCAUGACUGGCUGACCACACAGACACUGCUCACUGAGGCUCUGCAGGAGCACCACACACAAGAGAAAAUGAUAACUGAGGACACCCUCAAGCAAGUAUUGGGCAGUCAACUAAGUGGUAGCUCAGAGGAGCAGUUGCAGGCACUACUCACCACUGCCACCAACCUGGCCACGGUGCAGCCUGGGACCAUUGAUUACAUCAAGCUGCUAUCACCAGACAGUGAGGGUGGACCAAGUGAAUUUGUUCUGCUGCUCCUGGAACAAGAGAGGAGAGCCAGCAAGUUGUUUGUGGGGGAGGUCAUGCAGGCCUUCACUGAGAAGAGUGAUGUGACUCUGUCAGACCUGGAUGCUGUCCUAAGGAAGCUGGACCCAGGCAAACCCUCUGAAGACCUGCACACACUUUACUCUCAAGUGUUCUCUCUACCAGUGGAGCAAGUCACAUCAACAGAAGCACAAGCAGUGGCUAUAAGCACAGCUCAGCUAAUAGAUAAACUCAACUAUUGUGGACUUAAUAAUUGGACAAGCAAGUAGAUAGCCUCAUUUCAAAAUGCCAGAUAUUCAAAAUACUUAUUGUAAUGUUUGAUAAUUAUGACAUUAUGAUAUUGAUUAAUCGACGUAUAUAAUUUA